AUGGAACAAGGCAGCCUCUCCACAAGAACUUCUGGCAAUGUCAUCACAUGCCGGGCAGCUGUUGCCUGGACCACUAAUGCCCCCCUGUCCAUCGAGGAGGUUGAAGUUGACCCACCAAAGGCUGGCGAGGUUCGAGUUAAGAUUAUAUCCUCUGGGAUCUGUGGCACUGAUAAUCAUAUCAUAGAAGGGAAAAUGAAAACACCAUUUCCUGCCAUCCUGGGCCAUGAGGGAGCUGGAGUUGUGGAGAGUAUUGGAGAAGGUGUAACUACUGUAAAGCCAGGAGAUAAAGUCUUAAUGUUCCCUCUUCCAGAAUGUCGAGAAUGCAUCUACUGCCUCCACCCUAAGGGCAACUUCUGUAAGAAAGAAAAUAUUCUCUCUCCAACUGGAUUAAUGUUGGAUGGAACCAGCAGGUUUACCUGCAGAGGGAAGAAAAUCCACCAUCUUCAGGGGACCAGCACGUUCACGGAAUAUACCGUGGUAGAUGAGAUUGCAGUGGCAAAGAUUGAUGCUGCUGCUCCUCUGGAUACAGUCUGUAUUAUGAGCUGCGAGGUGUCGACAGGCUUUGGAGCUGUGUUUAACACAGCUCAGGUCACCCCUGGCUCUACCUGUGUGGUCUUUGGACUUGGAGGAAUUGGCUCUGCCAUUGUCAUGGCCUGCAGAGCCUCCGGUGCAUCUAGAAUCAUCGGGGUUGACAUCAAUGAGCAGAAGUUUCCUCGGGCAAAAGCCUUGGGGGUCACUGACUGUCUCAACCCUAACAAGCUCAAGAAACCUGUCCAGGAGGUCGUGGAGGAAAUGACGGGUAUUGGUGUUGACUUUUCCUUUGAGGCCAUCGGACUCAUUGAAACCAUGGUCGCGGCUUUGAAGUCCUGCAAUAGGAGCUCCGGAGUGUGUGUGAUAAUGGGUGUAGCUCCCUCAGGUUCCCAGCUCUCUUUCGACCCAGUAGUGCUUCUCCCCGGCAGAACCCUAAAAUCUUCUGUUUUGGGAGGGUAUAAAACCAGAGAUGACAUCCCUAGACUAGUAACUGACUAUGUACAAAAAAAAAUCAACAUAGAUCCUCUCAUAACCCAUAGGCUGCCUUUUCCAAAAAUCAAUGAAGGAUUCAAAUUGUUGCGAGACGGAAAAUGCAUCCGCUGUGUCCUCUCUAUGACACCCUGA